AUGUUGCAUGAAGCCCAGCCUCAAGAACAAGCUGGAUUCCGUCAAGGGUUACGCUGCUUGGACCACAUCCAGACUGUGUCGAGGGUCAAAGAGGUUUGCUGGGAAUACCGCCUGCCCUUUGUUCUUAACUUCGUCGACUAUGAGAAAGCCUACGAAUUCCUGAAUGCAAUACUGUCAGCGCUGGUCGAUCAAGUUGUGGACGCGUCGUAUGUGAGGACAUUAGCCAAUUGCUACGAUCGAUGCACCACUAAGAUACAGCUUCUCCACCGACCCCUCACCAUACCCAUUGGAAAGGGGGUACGACAAGGCGCUACUAUAUCGCCGAAGCUCUUCACGGCUGCAUUGCAGUGGAUAAUAAAUCACUACCUUAGGAAGAAAGGGGCAUAA